GCGGCCGGAGCCUGAUGCCGGGAGCUCGGCGCUGAGGCGGGGGGCCCGGGCCCGGAGAUGGGGAUUCUCAGCAUCACGGACCAGCCUCCUCUGGUCCAAGCCAUCUUCAACCGCGAUAUAGAGGAGGUGCGGUCGUUGCUGAACCAGAAAGAGAAUAUCAAUAUAUUGGACCAAGAACGACGAACCCCACUGCAUGCUGCUGCCUACUUAGGAGAUGUCCCAAUCAUUGAGCUCCUAAUACUGUCAGGUGCUAACGUAAAUGCAAAGGACACUGUUUGGCUAACCCCGCUGCAUCGCGCCGCAGCUUCUCGCAAUGAGAAGGCACUUAAUCUCCUCCUGAAGCACUCGGCGGACGUCAACGCCCGCGAUAAGUACUGGCAAACGCCGCUCCACGUCGCCGCUGCCAAGUGCGCCACCAAGUGCGCAGAGGCCAUCAUCCCCCUGCUGAGCAGUGUGAACGUGGCAGAUCGCACGGGCCGCACGGCGCUGCACCACGCCGUGCACAGCGGCCACAUCGAGAUAGUGAACUUGCUCUUAAACAAGGGGGCCAGCCUGAGCACGUGUGACAAGAAGGAGCGUCAGCCCAUCCACUGGGCAGCCUUCCUAGGGCAUUUGGAAGUUCUGAAGCUGCUGGUGGCCCGGGGAGCUGACGUCAUGUGCAAGGAUAAGAAGGGUUACACCUUGCUCCACACCGCGGCAGCCAGUGGCCAGGUCGAGGUUGUGAAACACCUGCUGAGGCUGGGAGUCGAGAUCGAUGAACCCAAUUGCCUUGGGAACACUGCACUUCACAUCGCCUGUUACAUGGGCCAGGACGCCGUGGCCAAUGAGCUGGUCAACUACGGCGCCAACGUCAAUCAGCCCAACGAGAAGGGCUUCACUCCUCUGCACUUUGCUGCCGUCUCCACCAACGGGGCCCUUUGCCUGGAGCUCCUUGUGAACAAUGGAGCCGACGUGAACUUUCAGAGUAAGGAAGGGAAGAGCCCUUUGCAUAUGGCUGCCAUUCACGGACGGUUUACACGUUCUCAGAUCCUCAUACAGAACGGCAGCGAGAUAGACUGUGCUGACAAAUAUGGCAAUACCCCCCUCCAUGUUGCUGCUAGAUACGGCCACGAGCUGCUAAUUAGUACUUUGAUGACGAAUGGUGCUGACACUGCAAGGCGUGGAAUCCACGACAUGUUCCCUCUGCACUUAGCUGUUCUCUUUGGAUUUUCAGACUGUUGUCGUAAGCUACUUUCCUCAGGUCAGCUGUACAGCAUCGUCUCCUCACUGAGCAACGAGCACGUGCUGUCCGCGGGUUUCGAUAUCAACACACCUGACAACCUUGGGAGGACGUGCCUCCAUGCUGCUGCUUCGGGAGGGAACGUUGAAUGUCUUAAUUUGCUGUUGAGCAGCGGUGCUGACUUGAGGAGGAGAGAUAAAUUUGGAAGGACUCCACUGCACUACGCGGCUGCCAAUGGCAGCUAUCAGUGUACGGUGACGCUGGUCACCACCGGAGCCAGUAUUAACGAGACGGACUGUAAAGGCUGCACUCCCUUACAUUAUGCUGCUGCUUCGGACAUGUACAGGAGAGCGGAGACUCAUUCAGGAAACAGCCAUGACACUGACGAGGAGCCACUGAAGGAGUCCAGAGUGAAGGAGGCAUUCUUUUGUUUAGAGUUCUUACUGGAUAACGGUGCGGACGCGUCGCUCCGGGACAAGCAGGGAUACACCGCUGUCCACUAUGCAGCUGCCUACGGCAACAGACAGAACCUCGAGUUGCUCCUGGAAAUGUCUUUUAACUGCCUGGAGGACGUGGAAAGCACCAUCCCAGUCAGCCCUUUGCACUUAGCUGCCUAUAACGGUCACUGUGAAGCCCUAAAGACACUUGCCGAAACCCUCGUGAACCUUGACGUGCGGGACCACAAAGGGCGGACGGCGCUGUACCUUGCCACGGAGAGGGGCUCCACGGAGUGCGUGGAGGUGCUCACCAGCCACGGUGCUUCCGCCCUUGUGAAGGAGAAGAAGAAGAAGUGGACGCCGCUCCAUGCUGCAGCUGCCUACGGGAACACAGAUUCCCUACACCUUCUGAUCGACAACGGGGAGAGGGCGGAUAUCACCGACGUUAUGGACAUCCAUGGCCAAACCCCACUGAUGCUGGCGAUCAUGAACGGCCACGUCGACUGCGUCCAUCUCUUGCUGGAGAAGGGAUCCACAACAGAUGCAGCGGACAGGAGAGGCAGGACUGCGCUGCAUCGAGGGGCGGUGACGGGGUGUGAGGACUGCCUGGGAGCCCUGCUGGACCACGAUGCCUUUGUAUUGUGUCGGGAUUUCAAGGGUCGAACCCCGAUCCAUUUUGCGUCGGCGUGUGGGCAUUCAGAAAUCCUGAGGACCUUGCUGCAGGCAGCGCUCUCUACUGACCCUCUGGACUCCGUGGUCGAUUACAGCGGCUACUCGCCGAUGCACUGGGCUUCGUACAGCGGACAUGAAGAUUGUCUUGAAUUGUUACUUGAACACAAUCCAUUUGUGUACCUAGAAGGAAACCCCUUUACUCCAUUGCACUGUGCAGUAAUUAACAGCCAGGAAGGCACUGCUGAAAUGCUGGUGGAAGCAUUGGGUGCCAAGAUUGUUAAUAGCAGAGAUGCCAAAGGAAGGACACCCCUUCACGCUGCUGCCUUUGCAGACAACAUCCACGGUUUACAGCUGCUGCUGCGACACCAGGCUGAGGUAGACACGACUGACCAGUUGGGAAGGACCCCUCUCAUGAUGGCUGCUGAGAACGGGCAGACCGCAGCAGUCGAGUUCCUGCUGUAUAGAGCGAAAGCAAAUUUAACUGUGCUGGACGUCAACAAGAACACGGCUCUUCACCUGGCCUGCAGCAAGGGUCAUGAAAAGUGUGCCUUGUUGAUUCUGGGGGAAACCCAAGACCUUGGCCUUAUCAAUGCAACUAACAGUGCUCUGCAGAUGCCGCUCCAUAUUGCAGCUCGGAACGGGCUGGCCUCUGUUGUCCAGGCCUUGCUCAGCAGAGGUGCCACUGUACUUGCUGUGGAUGAAGAAGGUCACACCCCGGCCUUGGCUUGCGCCCCCAACAAGGACGUUGCAGACUGCCUGGCACUUAUCCUCUCCACCAUGAAGCCUUUUCCACCUAAAGACGCCAUCAGCCCUUUCAGCUUCAACCUCCUCAAGAACUGCGGCAUUGCGGCCAAAACAGCGGCCUGCGGGGCCCUGCCCAACGGCAGCACGUGCCCCUACACCAAGGACCGGCACAAUGCUAUCGGCUUAGACGGCUGUUACUCGGAGUAGCUUAAACUAUGGGUAUCUAAUAUCUUCUUCUAUUUAUUUAGAAAUUCUAUAAAUAUAGGGCACUUUAAAGGAGAACAAGACUGGACAGGCCUUCACACAGGGCUUGGCAACCGACAUUAUAGCUUCCUUUUCUGCCUAGGCCCUCACUCGGUUGCCGGCAGCUAAUUGACUUAAUGAGCGGCUGGCAAAGAGCCUUUCCCUUCCCCCCGUUCAGUGCGGGCGAACCCCUCCUGGAGCGACGGCUGGCAAAAGCAGCCCCGUUGCAUUAGCACAGCUGGUCCCGGGCAGGGGCCAGGGAAUGUUUCAGGUUUUCUGAAAAAGGGACUUUCUGAUUUCUAACUUCCUGUUUCUAGAACUAACCUCUCCCCAUUGGGAAGCUCCUUAGGAGGGCAGCCCUGCUUGGUUCUUCUGCAGUGCCCUCCUCCCGUCACCACACCCGCGGGGCCAGGGCUGCCGCUGGGCUUUGUCUCUUGGUGACCGCUGAGCUCUGAGGAGGCAGUGAUCAAACAGCCUUACAGAGCUGCUCGUUGAGAGGCGGCUUCUCCGCCAUUAGGAAUUGGAUUGCCAAUUCCUUUCACCCAGGAGCUGGGAAGAACGUUUGGUCCCUCCCAGCCCUGAGUUUGGAUUGACUUUGGAGCCAGUUUUAUUUCAAAUCCUCCACCUGGAACUUCCCUUCCUGCCUGUCUAACCCUCCGCUUUCUUUUCAGUUCCCCUCCCAUGCCCCCGACUCUGCAGCGUGCCAGCUCUGUUCAUUCCACAGUUGCACAGUCUAACCAGAAAGCGGAAACUUGAACUUGGGGGCGGGAAUUAGACAAGCGAGCGACUGCUGAGUGUUGGGCAUUAGCACCUGGGCAAGUGCCACUGUAACUGCUUUCAUCUGAAUUGUUUUGUUUUCAUGCUCAUCCUUUGAUUCCAAUAAGAACACUUGAAUCCCGAACUACUGUACCCAGGACAUUGAGAUAACCGCUGGCAGCUCUCACUCCUUCAUAUGCAAAAACGGGUGCUACUGUCCAUCCGCCGCGGUCUGCUCCGAACCCCACGUUUGCACUGCUGGAAUAUUCCCUCCCCACACCAGGCACUUUAGGGAUUCUAAUUUUUUUCUUCUUUUGGCAAAAUGUUGGAUCCUGAGAGGCGAUUCCUUCUUAAGUUUUGUUCCUCUCCGUAUUGCGCGGCCAUUCCCAUGUGAGAGUCCGUCAGUGUUGCUUUUUAAAAAUUUAUUUAUAACGAAAUGAGCUUUUACCUUUAAAAAAAAAAACAAAAACACAAAAAAAAAGUUUUAACCUUUUAAGGAAAAAAAUGCACUUCAAAGUCCUUAUUCACAACCCUAAGUCUGUAUUUAUUUUUUCUAAUGUGGCAUCUUGGCAGGUUUUAUUAGCGUGUGUGUAUGUGGGAUUGGUGUUUUCAUUUAAGUGUUGUUGGGUUUUUUUUAAUUUUAAAAACCCUAUUUAUAAUGCAUGUUUUAAACAUUCAAGAAUGUGCACUACUUUUUUUUUAAUUACUGUAACAGUAUCAUGUGCAAAAAAAAAAAAAAACCACGAAAAACCUUUCACCAUAUCGCAAGUCUGUUUGAAGCCAAAGACUGGGAUGUAGCGAUCAGAGCGGGUCGACAGGGCAAAAACAUUGGAUGUACGAUCUUUUCCACUGAUUCUCUUUCCUUUUGCAGCCUUGGGGGUGGGAUAACCUCCUGGUUCUCAGACUAUAGUCAGUGACGUGUGCGCGCGCCAAAAGAAAUAUUUUGAGAACCAAGCCUUGGGUUGGGGCUGGGGGGACGUCCAGGAAGGGAUCUCUCUCCUUUUCAUUCAGCAGAGCAUCGGCGCUAGUCACUUUCUCUUCUUGGUCAGUAAGACUGUUACAGGAAAUGGGCGAGCCAUAAGUUUUGGCUGUCCUGCCUAAGUUACAUCUAUUACAAAAAUCAGCAUUUUUUGGAUCAAAAUAGAGUAUUUGUAAAUGAAGGUGAAUUCCGAUUUUCUUUUUGUUUUUUUGGCCAGACAUUUACGUUACGUGAAAUGGGCAUUGCAACGAAUUGCUGUUUCCCGCAGGCAAUGACAGACCGCACCCUUUCCAAAAGAGCGCCAAAUAGGGAGCGGAGAGACAGGAUGCUGGCCGUAGCUAGCAUGCUGGCAGCCAGCAGAGAGAGGUGCUUUAUCCGGGCAGGAGUAGAGUCUGGAAUAGCGAGCAGCUCCUGUUGCACUGUUAGUUUCUUUUACCAAAGUUUAACUCUUAGAACCAAAUGUGAAGUUACAGUCUUGGCCUUUGGGUGGUCAGCGCAUCUUCUUUUCAUUUCACGGAAGGGUUUCAUCCGGAGAGUAGCAAAGACUUGGGCGGCAUUUCUGUUUGUUUUUCCUCUUGAAAGUCGUCGUCUUUAUCCUCACUGCACCAGCUGAGCUUGGUCUCCCUUAGCGUUACCAUCUGACACUGCAGCUCAGCAAAACCCUUGAAACAUGGACUGCCGAGGGAACGCUCUGUGUGUAGAAAACAGCCAGUUCUAGUCUUCAGAGAGGGCCUAAAAUCCCCAGAUAGGGAAGGAAGAAAAGGCAGAGAGCCAGCCUGUUUCCCUCAAUGCACGUCAAUAAAAUCCUUGCUGGUGUCUCUGAUAGUCUAGGAAUCCAAUGCGCAAAAGCAGAGUGAGGAUUUCUCUCCACCCACUGGAUGCUGGCCCAUUCUGUGAGGCAUAAACAACUUGGGUUUUAGGCCACUGUAUAAGAUGUUCUUGGCCAAGUAGCCUCGUGGCCUGUUUGAACCAGUCCUUCCUUCCCCUUCUGAACCGUGUUCCAAAAGGCUCAGUUCUUAGGUACGUUGCAGCAAGAUCAAUUCUCUCCUCGCCUCCACCCUCAGCACUAAAGUUCUCUACCUUGAUAGCAAGUGUUACCUUUCUACACCGAAUACCUCAGUUCGGCAGCAAACCACACAAAACUUGAAUGAAAGAUCCUCUUGGAAGAUCGUUUUCAGUAUUCUGCAGAGGGAGAACUGGAAAAAAAAAAAAAACGACUUGUUUACAUUAUUGUUGAGUUCGGGUACUUACCUCUUGCAACGCUUUCUCUUUUCAUUUUUAAAAUACUGAAUUCAGGCACUGCCUAUUUCUCAGCCUUCAAAUAAGCCCCUGUAACAUUUCCUGUAACGGGGGGCAGGAAUAUGGGUCCAAAGUCAAGAUUUGUCCCUCCUACCUGCCCCCCCCCCCCCCCCCAGGGCAAAUGUCUUUCUCUUGCUGCGCAGCGGGACUGAGCAUUCAGAAGUGUACGAGAGCACUACACUGAGAAAGCUCUGCAGAUCUGGAAGCCCUGGCUUCCCUUAUCUUUGUCCUUUUCCUGGGGGUUUGAAGGAACAGUGACAGAAUUGCUGGGGUGAGUCACAGAGACCUGGCACAUUUAGGGCUCAGUAGUUUUGAGUGAAAUCCUUUCCCUGUUGAAGUAAAUGGCCAAGUUCCUGUUGACUCCAAGGCUCGGGUUUCACCCUCGUGUGCGCAUGUACAGCAGAGGGCAAGACGCACAUACGUGCAGCGCUGAGAUAAUUUUAAUGCCAUCUUGCUUUAAUUUUAAUUAAAUAUCACAGGGGGAGGAUUUCAAAAUCAUUUCAAACAAGGGCAGCCAUUUUCCCCUCUUCAGGGCAAGGGAGUAUCUUAGCCUAGUGUUUGGAGCGUGGCUUUUUUUUUUAGUGUAGUGGCAUUAAGCUUUUUUUUUUUUUUUUUAAGAGGAAAAAAUUGGCCUUUGGUUUGCCUUGUUUUCAUGCUGUAACACGUUACCUCUUCACUUGACAUGAUAAAGACUAAACUCUGACAAGACAAUCAAUGUGAUCUCUCUAAGGGCUUCAGCAUUUCUUCUCUCCGCUGCAUCGUACUUUUUAAUUUAAUUUAAUUUGCUCUUCGUACGUUUUUGGGGAUUAUUUUUACUCCUCCCCUUGUCUUUUUAAAAAAAUAAUAAUAAUGAUACCGGAGCGGAAAACCAUUCCAGCAGUGCA